AUGGAAUUUACAGCUUCAUCAGUUGUAACUUUAAAUGAAAGUCUAUUAUUAAUAAAUUCUUAUAGAAGUGAUGUUCAUUUCUGUACUAGAAAUUCUCCAAAUUCAUGGAUAAAAGCUGAUCUCAAAGGAUAUAAAUUAAAACCAACAUCUUAUAUUUUACAAUCAAGUAUCAAACAUGGUUGCAAUUUAUUGAGAAGAUGGAAGCUAGAAGGAAUCAAAGAAGAUGGAACAAUUGUUGUAUUAGAUAAUGAUAAAUAUUAUGAAUUUAAACAAGGAGAAAUCAAAGAAUUUCCACUUCAAACAAACAACUAUUUUGUAUCUUUCAAAAUAACUCAAACAGGAAAGACUUCAAGCAAUGAAGAUUGGUUAAUAAUUAAUAUUUUUGAUUUCAAAGGUGAAUUAAAAAUAUAA